GCGGACACAUGGACUCAACACGGCCCUUGCAGCGGAGAGAGAGGGCUGCUGCUCAUUGUAACUCCCACACAACACGGCGGAUUCCAGCAAACUUCUUGUAUGCCUCUCAGAGGAAAAAAGCCGCUCUUUUCAUUUGUCCUUGUAUACCUCUGAGUCUUUUCUUUUUCCUCUCCCUCUUUAAUCCGUCCCUCUAUUUCAGGAGAGAGAGAAAAAAAAAACAAAACACAAAACCAGGUUCACGCAGUGCUUUAGUGGCUAAAAGUGAAAGAGCUUGUGUUUUUUUUUUCUUUCUUUCUUUCUUUCUUUUUUCCUCCCUGCGCUGAGUUGAGCCUUGAAUCGCUCUGGAAAAUUGCUUCUUUUGAAUAGAGGGUAGGAGGAACGACGUUUAAUAGGAUCCUAACGGAGUCUCUGCUACUAAACAGGUGGAAAUUGGACGUCCUCGAAUUUAUACAAAUAGGCGUGCAGGGCGUCUCCCUGUCACCCAGUUAAGAGUUUGGGUGCCCGCUGAUGUCAGGAGACAGUGAUCUGCGCUGAGGAGGGGCGUGCGCUGCCAACAUGUGACAGAGAGCAGUCUGCUGGUUUCUCAUCAGCCGUCUGACCAUUGAAGAGGAGAGUGAAAAGACGCGGGGCAGCUGGAGGAGCGGGUCGGACAGCACCGGGAGUUGCUCACACCAAGUUCUGCUCCGCUGCAAACAAAACAACAGCAACAACAACAGCAACAAGAUGGCAAGUUCUGCCUCUCUGGAGACGGUGAUGUCCUGCGGGAGGACCGGACCGUCCGCGGCUCCCAAGACCCUGGCCUUCUCCAUAGACCGGAUCAUGUCCAAGAGCUCGGAGCCGAAGGGGAGCGCGGAGGAGCGGUCAGAGGGGAAGAAGCUGCUCGGGCUCUGCUCCCCGAUCCCCUGCAUGAUCCCGCUGCAGCCCUUCAGCUACGACCUCCAAGCGAAGGCGCUGAUGAACUACUCGGAGUUGUGGAGAGCCAGUUUCAGGGGCACUUUUUGCGGCUCCGCAGCUGCUCCGUGCAAGGGAAACUGCGGAAUAUGCGGGAAAGCGGACUCGGGCUUGAAGCAGCCGCAGCUGACGUCGGGGAGCAGGGUGGUGAAACCGCAGGUCCUCCACCAGGCCGUGGCCGUGCCCAGCGGCGGCUCGCUCUACUAUCUGAACUACCUGGACUCUGCGUACCAGCAGUCGGAGCUGCUGGCCGGACACUGGUUCUCCAGCCCGCAGGCCCAGGCCUCUCUGUCGGCGCACCACAGACUCUUGCUGCUGGAGAACGCAAAGCUGGCCGGGGUAGGGACCGACAAGCUGCCCACACCUCAGUACCCGCACAAGGAACAUCUGCCAGGGCAGCUGGACCAGAUAGUGAAGGAGAACCACGGCCUGAGCACCGAGAAGAACGGCGUGAAGACGCACAACAAACUGAGCAGCACCGGCAGCAGCGCUGCUGACGGAAAACCCAAAAACUUCACAUGUGAAGUGUGUGGAAAGGUUUUUAACGCACAUUACAAUCUGACCAGACACAUGCCGGUGCACACCGGGGCCCGGCCCUUCGUGUGUAAAGUGUGCGGUAAAGGAUUCCGGCAGGCCAGCACGCUGUGCAGACACAAAAUCAUCCACACGCAGGAAAAGCCUCAUAAAUGCAACCAGUGUGGGAAGGCGUUCAACAGAAGCUCCACUCUCAACACGCACGUACGGAUCCACGCCGGAUACAAACCGUUCGUCUGUGAAUUCUGCGGGAAAGGUUUCCACCAGAAAGGAAACUACAAGAACCACAAGCUGACUCACAGCGGGGAGAAGCAGUACAAAUGCUCCAUCUGCAACAAGGCCUUCCAUCAGAUCUACAACCUGACCUUCCACAUGCACACUCACAACGACAAGAAGCCCUUCACCUGCGCCACCUGCGGCAAGGGCUUCUGCCGCAACUUCGACCUGAAGAAACACAUCAGGAAGCUGCACGACAGCGUGUUCUCUGCGGCCUCGGAGGCCUCCAGAGAGCUGCAGAGCUGAGGCGCAGCGCCCUGUCACAGAGAGAGAGACUGGCCCCUGAGCUGCCCGUGUAGCUGCGCACAACACGCUAGAGAGAAGGCGCAGUCCAAUACAAUUGGACCCAAUCUCUUAAAAGGAACUGUGGUAAUCCUAUAAGAUUUAGGAUCCUUCCCAAAUGUCCCAACAGGGACACCGUAGGGAGUACAACGACUCCUCACACUUACACUGUAGGAAUAUUAGCAUUUUUUUUUCUUCUGCUCGGGUAGAAUUUCUUUCUGCAUUCCCAGUUAUAAACAUCGAACAGGAGAAAUCAGCUGUCUCCAUGGAGCUGUAAAUAAUAGGUUACGGAAAUAAAGAAUGUUAUUUAAAAUGUAAUUCAUUUGCCAUGUUGUGUAUUUCUCUGAAAAAUGUUAAUGUCAAUAAAUAAGUUAUAACUUAUAAUGAAACAUGAACGUCUGAGCCACGUGUUUGUGUUUUUGAAGGCAUUUGAAAAUAGAACGGAACCCUCAAAGAGCCGGUCCGGCCCGGGCAGGCUCUGCUUCUGCUGACUUUCAGACGACACAUGAGCAAACUCAACGAUUUGUGAAACAUAAGAGCAUGAACAGACAGGCCAGAUGAACACACAUUCAACAUGAACACAACAGAAGCAUCAAACAGGAGCGGUGAGUUUACGAGCUGUGCUGUGAAAUUCAGAUUUUUUAUUUUAUUUAUUUAUUUAUUUAUUUUUUUUACGGAUGUGCUCGAGGUCAUUUUCUGUGUUCGAUGCUCCGCGUUUUAUCAUUUUGUUUCAUUUUCGAUUUUAUUUAUUCGAUGUGCGUUGCUGUUGUAACCCAACAGUCUGCGGCAGGAGGGCCCCAACUUUGUUUUUUGCCCGUGUAUUGUUGAGAUGCAAAAUAC